AUGGGACUUUUGCAAACGAUUGGCGCUCUCUACGGCGGCAGGCCUAAGCUUCCUGCGCCGACACCUGAACAACCCAGGCCAGCGUUUCUGAAACUGCCACCCGAGAUCUGCAACGAGGUUCUUGCCAGGCUUCCACAAUCCUCUCAGAUCUCUGUAAGCCUGACAUGCAAAGAGCUCUACAGCAAGUACUUUGUGACGAAAAAAGACCUCGGCGGAGCACUCAACGUCACCCACAACUUGCUCCAGAUCCUGGAAAGGGACCUGCCAGGCUACUACUUGUGCGCCAGCUGCAUCAAGCUUCACCGAUGGAAGCUUCAGGAAGACGGGUCUGUUCAGUUCAUUGGUAAAUGCGACCUAGACCCUAGCUCGGCCCAGCUCCAGCUGCCCUCAGACGAAUGCGUCAGGUACACGUUGGAUUUGCGCCUCGUCAGGCUUGUGCACUUGUAUCGGCUGUAUGGUGAGCGAUACGGUGUGCCGUCUUCUUAUAUCGAGAAGGAACACCGUUUAAAGUUGCGACUCGGACACCAUUGCAUGGAGGAAUGCCAGAAAGUUCUGAUACACGAGCGUUGGGAGCCUCAGUUCGAGGGUGGAGCUCGGGCCCUUCUUACAACCUACACUCUAACAAGCCAAGAUGGCGAAAAUGAGCCCUGGAAGGACAUAAUUGACUUUCUUCAAGGCUACAGAUCCGAGGAUCUCUAUUGGAAAGAGAUGAUCCUUAUGUGUUGCGAGUUUCCCCUCACAAGCGUUCUGGAAAAGGCAGGCUUCAACUGGGACUUGGACUCUGCCGAGGAGGACCGGGACGUGGACUCCGAGUGCGCUUGCUACUCUGACCCCGACCUCGAACACACGAGGUUUGAAUGCGGCUCAUACACUGAGGCCAGAAAAAUACGAGAUGCAGAAACCGGUGGAUGGCAAGUCGUAAUCACGGUGACUCGUUGGCUUCCUUCGGCGUAG